UCUCUCUCUCUCUCUCUAUAAUAAAUCAAUAUAUAUAGUGUAUAUAUUGCUCUUCAAGUGUGCAUUGGAAGAGUAGUGAGAGAGAGAGAGAGUAGUUGUAGCCAAACAAACAACUAUGGCUUCUAAACCAGGAUUCCUCACUGAUUGGCCAUGGAAACCCCUUGGAAGCUUCAAGUACGUGGUGUUGGGACCGUGGGUGGCUCAUAGCAUAUACUCGUACGUGGUGAAGGACGAAAAUGAAAGGGACUUAACAAACUUUCUGAUAUUGCCACUUCUUAUAUCAAGAAUGCUUCAUAAUCAAAUCUGGAUAUCUCUCUCUCGCUACCGAACUGCCAAAGGAACCAACAGGAUUGUUGACAAGACAGUUGAAUUUGAUCAAGUCGACCGAGAAAGAAACUGGGAUGACCAAAUAUUGUUGAGUGGAAUAGUAACCUAUGUAGGGAACUGGGCACUGAAAGGGGGAUCACACCUGCCCUGGUGGAGGACAGACGGUGUACUCCUAACAAUAUUGCUUCAUAUGGGACCUGUGGAGUUUAUAUACUACUGGUUACACAGAGCUUUGCACCACCAUUACCUCUACUCUAGAUACCAUUCUCACCACCAUUCCUCCAUUGUCACUGAGCCAAUCACUUCUGUGAUUCAUCCAUUUGCUGAACACAUUGCAUACUAUGUGCUGUUUGCAUCACCAAUUCUGACUGCCAUACAGACUGGGAUGGCAUCCAUCGCUUCAAUUUUAGGGUAUAUUACUUUCAUUGAUUUCAUGAACAACAUGGGUCAUUGCAACUUUGAGCUCAUUCCUAAGUCCCUCUUCUCCAUCUUCCCUCCUCUCAAGUACCUCAUGUAUACUCCCUCGUAUCACUCUCUCCAUCACACUCAAUUUCGGACCAAUUACUCACUUUUCAUGCCAAUUUACGAUUACAUCUAUGGUACCGUGGACUUUUCCACAGAUUCACUAUAUGAAGCGUCGCUUGCAAGGCAAGAAGAGUUGCCCAAUGUAGUGCAUCUCACGCAUCUAACAACACCAGACUCGAUCUAUCACAUUCGGCUAGGGUUUGCAUAUUUGGCCUCGAAACCUCACACUUCAAAAUGGUACUUGUGGCUAAUGUGGCCUGUGACAUUUUGGACCAUGAUGGUUACUUGGAUUUAUGGUCAUACCUUCAUUGUGGAGAGAAAUGUCUUAAAAAAUCUCAAAUUACAGACAUGGGCUAUACCUAAGUACAACAUUCAAUACUUUAUGCAAUGGCAAAGAGAGUCUAUCAAUAGCUUAAUUGAGGAAGCUAUACUGGAUGCUGAAGAAAAAGGCGUUGAAGUGUUGAGUCUUGGUCUUAUGAAUCAGGGGGAGGAGCUUAAUAUGAAUGGUGAGCUUUACAUCCGAAGGCACCCCAACCUCAAAGUGAAAGUGGUGGAUGGGAGUAGCUUAGCAGUUGCAGUUGUGUUAAACACCAUUCCAAAAGGAACAACCCAAGUCCUCCUCACAUCCACUAUUUCCAAAGUUGCUUCUUCCUUAGCCUUUGCUUUAUGCCAAAGGGGCAUUCAGGUAUGCACACUAUAUGAGGAUGAAUAUCACAAGCUUAAGGCAAUGCUUGGUACUCAGGUUGCAAGUAAUUUGGUCCUUGCUAAAAGCUAUGCUGCAAAGACAUGGUUAGUGGGAGAUGGAUUGAGUGAAGAAGAACAAAUGAAGGCAUCAAAAGGAACAUUGUUCAUCCCAUUCUCACAAUUUCCUCCUCAGAAAAUGCGUAACGACUGCUUCUACCACACCACUCCCGCCAUGGUCACCCCUAAGUAUCUCCAGAACGUCGACUCGUGUGAGAACUGGUUGCCGAGAAGGGUGAUGAGUGCAUGGAGAAUAGCAGGGAUAGUACAUGGUUUAGAAGGCUGGAAAGUGAAUGAAUGCGGCGACAUGGUGUUCGACAAUCACAAAAUCUGGGAAGCCACUCUUCGCCAUGGUUUUCUUCCUCUCCAGAUGUCUCCAAAAUGAUCUCUCUGAACUCAAUACUUAGUACACCCUUCAUUAUCUAUUAUCUAUAUAUACAUUGAUUAGACUAUAUCCACGUAUUUAUAUAUUCACAUCAAUUCGCACCGAGCGUUGCUGUAUCCUGAUUAUGUUUGACGGGGCUAUUUAUGGUUUUUAAGAACUCUAUAUGUAUGCCUAUCUAUGUUUCAACAUUAUAUAUAACAUACCUAGAAUUGAGCUA